ACGUCACUAAAUAUCCACCAUUUUGCCUUAUAUAUCUUUUAUCCGUACUCUACAAACCAUAUCGAAAUUUUCAACAAAAAUCCUCUCUGCAAACCUUAGCUUGUCUCCUCCGACCAUGAAUAACAGCCUCCACUUCAUACCUCUUUUCCUCUUCGCAUUCGCAGUCGUCGUUGGUGCUUCGCCAUACCAAGCUUGCCAAUCGGAACUUGGUACCGUCAGCGAUGUCCGCGUCUCCAAAUGCGACAAUUCACCGUGUAUUUUACCCAGGGGUGGACAAGUAACUAUUGAAGUCGACUUUACUCUUAGUGCUGAAGUCAAAACCGCUCAAGAAAGUGUCUUUGGAAUCAUCAACGGCAUGCACUUGCCCUUCCCAACAACAAGCCCUAAUGCCUGCUCCGGUAAGGGUCUCACUUGUCCUCUGAAACAAGGUGUUAAGUACACCUACAAGUCGGUCAUUCCUAUCUCUUCAAUUUUCCCUAAGCUACAACUGGUAGUGGAAUGGAACGUCGUGGAGGGUACCAAGAAACUGUUCUGUGUGAAAAUCCCUGCUCUUCUGCAAUAAAACUGCACCCGUUACCAUUCGUGGUAGGGAAAGAGUCAUGCCAAGAAUAAGGGACCUCAGUCGUUAACUCGUAUGUGUGUGUGAGUAAUUAUAUGUGUGUGAGUUCAUUAUGUGUACUAAAUGUAUGCGUGUGAGCUGUUAUGCAUAUGUACAUACAUGCACACACUUGUAUACAUAUGUAGGUGAAUACAAGCAAAUGCACAUUCAACUAUAUGUAUGCAUGUACGUAUAAAUGUGUGCGUGUAAGUGUUUGUGUGUAUGUGUAAGUGUUUGUGUGUGUGUUUGUAUGUAUGUGCGUGUGUGUGUGUAUAUACGCACACACACAUCCACACACCCACAAGUAAGCACAGAAAUGCAAAACAAGUUUGAAAAAAAUAGUACUCGAAUACUGAAGGCAGAGCAACAUGCUUUUUUUGUUAAAACUGCAAAAAUUUCAU